AUGUCCCAGCUCGCGUCCUCGCGCGUGCAGCUGCGCAGCGUGCGCGCUGGCGUCGACGCCAUUCUCGCCGCGCGGGAGGCCGCGGCCAGCUCGAGGCUUGCGAGGCAGAACAGGCGCAUCCUGCGGCAGGUGAGUGGCCAUUUGAAGGAUGUCAAGUACCAGCUCAAGCUGAGGCGCCAGACGCUCGGGGAGACGCGGGCCGUUCAUGACCGGCUUGAGCGAGAUAUCCGGGAUGCGCAGCAGGGCAUCGACAAGGAGCUCCAGAGGGCUGGUCUGAAGGACAUUGAGGCCGUGAGGGCCGAGGUUGGAGAGGAGGUUUGGGAGCGGUUGGUGCGUGACGCUGAGGCCGAGGAGUGAUGCCUUUUCUUUUUGUUUUGCUGCCCUUGCGCGCGACGACGAAUGGAGGGGAUGGAAAUUUGGGCAACAUGAGGCGUUUGGACUUUUCCUUUCUUUGCUUGUCUUCUGGCUGCUUCUCUUUUUUCUGUUUGGUCUCCUUUCACC